AAUCUACAGGAGCCAUUUUAACAGCAUAAAACUUGCUGGAUUGCUUUUUAUUUUCAAGCCCAAAGGACAAAAUCUAAAGAGAAAGAAUGUUUGAAGGCCAGGAAGCUUGAGAAAAGAAAAAUUUCAGAAAAAUUGCUUCUGUUUGCUUAGAAUAUCAAUGAACCAAGAAAAAUCGAAGCACCUUCCUUAAAGAUAACCUGGGUAUACAUACGGUAAUUCACAGACUUGGCUGAGGAGUUUUACCCAAAUUUCUGACUGGAUUCUACGGCCUGAUAACUUGAAUCUGUUUGGAAUUUUUCUCAUGUGGAUCUAAGGGGAAUGCUUUAUUAUGGCUGCUGUUGUCCAACAAAACGACCUAGUAUUUGAAUUUGCUAGUAACGUCAUGGAGGAUGAACAACAGCUUGGUGAUCCAGCUAUUUUUCCUGCUGUAAUUGUGGAGCAUGUUCCUGGUGCUGAUAUUCUCAAUAGUUAUGCUGGUCUAGCCUGUGUGGAAGAACCUAAUGAUAUGAUUACUGAGAGUUCACUGGAUGUUGCUGAAGAAGAAAUUAUAGAUGAUGAUGAUGAUGACAUCACCCUUACAGUUGAAGCUUCCUGUCCUAAUGGGGAUGAAACAAUUGAAACUAUUGAGGCUGCUGAGGCACUCCUCAAUAUGGAUUCCCCUGGCCCUAUGCUGGAUGAAAAACGAAUAAAUAAUAAUGUAUUUACUUCAUCUGAAGAUGACAUUGUUGUUGCCCCAAUUACCCAUGUAUCAGUCACAUUAGAUGGGAUUCCUGAAGUGAUGGAAACUCAACAGGUGCAAGAGACAUAUGCAGACUCACCAGAAGCCUCUUCACCAGAACAGCCUAAAAGAAAGAAAGGGAGGAAAACUAAACCACCACGACCAGAUUCCCCAGCUACUACUCCAAAUAUAUCUGUGAAGAAGAAAAACAAAGAUGGGAAGGGAAAUACAAUUUAUCUUUGGGAAUUUUUACUGGCCCUGCUCCAGGACAAAGCUACUUGUCCUAAAUACAUCAAAUGGACUCAACGAGAAAAAGGCAUUUUUAAACUGGUAGAUUCUAAAGCAGUAUCCAGGUUGUGGGGAAAACACAAAAACAAACCUGAUAUGAAUUAUGAGACCAUGGGAAGAGCACUCAGGUACUAUUACCAAAGGGGUAUUCUUGCAAAAGUGGAAGGUCAGCGCUUGGUAUAUCAGUUUAAAGAAAUGCCAAAAGAUCUUAUAUACAUAGAUGAUGAGGAUCCAAGUUCCAGCAUAGAGUCUUCAGAUCCAUCACUAUCUUCAUCGACCACUUCAAGUAGGAAUCAAGCAAGCCGAUCAAGAGUAUCUUCAAGUCCAGGGAUAAAAGGAGCCACUACAGUUCUAAAGCCAGGGAAUUCUAAAGCUACAAAACCCAAAGAUCCUAUAGAAGUUACACAGCCAUCAGAAGUUUUGAGGACAAUGCAGCCCUCACAGUCUCCAUAUCCUACCCAGCUCUUCCGGACUGUUCAUGUAGUACAGCCAGUACAAGCUGUCGCAGAAGGAGAAGCAACUGUAACCAAUAGCAUGCAAGAAGAAACAUUAAAUUCCUCUGUUCAGAGCAUUAGGACUAUACAGGCUCCAACCCAAGUUCCAGUGGUCGUGUCUCCUGGGAAUCAGCAGUUGCACACAGUAACACUCCAAACGGUGCCACUUACAACGGUAAUAGCCAGCACAGAUCCAUCAGCCAGUGCUGGAUCUCAGAAAUUUAUUUUACAAGCUAUUCCAUCAUCACAGCCCAUGACAGUACUGAAAGAAAAUGUCAUGCUACCAUCACAGAAGGCAGGCUCUCCUCCUUCAAUUGUCUUUAGCCCUGCCCAUGUACAACAGGUUCUUACUAGCAAUGUUCAGUCCAUUUGCAAUGGAACCGUCAGUAUGACUUCAUCCCCGUCCUUCAGUGCUACUACACCUGUGGUGACCUUUUCUCCUCGAAGUUCACAACUCGUUGCUCACCCUCCUGGCACUGUAAUUACUUCAGUUAUCAAAGCUCAAGAGACAAAAACUCUUAUACAGGAGGUAGAAAAAAAGGAGAUUGAAGAUCAUUUGAAAGAAGACACUGAGAAAACUGAGCAACAGCCACAACCUUAUGUGAUGGUGGUAUCCAGUACCAAUGGAUUUGCCUCUCAGGUAGCUAUGAAACAAAAUGAACUGCUGGAACCCAACUCUUUUUAAAUAAUGUACCAAAGGAUUUAUGGAUGAUUGUUUUAUAAUUGAACUCAUUUUCAGUUGUCUGUAAACUGAUUCUAAGAUAAAUCUACAGAGGUUCCUAAUUUUGCGAUUGUUAAAAAAAAAUAAUUGAGUUAAUUUUGAUUUUGUUAGUUGAGGGAGUAAAACCCAAGUGUUUCUCUUUAUUCUCCAAAUGUUUCAGAAUUCAAUUGUGAAGGAACAGGCAUUUUAUACUAUGAAGACAUCCUUUUGAGAUUUUUUUUUUCAGUUGUUAUACCAUAAACAUUUUUAAAGUUUCUUUUCUAAUUUUACAUUGUAUUAGCUGUUUUGAUUCUUUUGUAAAUACAUUACUUAAAUGUAAGGCAACAGGAAAUUUAUAUAGGAAGUAUUUUCAUUCCACUUGUAUAAGUUAAGUCUUGACUCUAAAAUGCAAGAAACUUAUUUUAUUCUUUGUUAAAAUUAUGUCUCUUAGAUUGACUUUAGUUGGUUGUACUGUAUAACAAACUAUGAAAAAGUAACAUUAAAAAUUGAAAUAUGCCCAUGAUAUGGCUCAACCUGUUUCAGCAGAGUAGUAUAAAAUAUCAUCCUAAGAGUGGUUCUCCCCCUAGUUAGCUGUGUAAUCUUGGGCAAUGCAAACCACUUGAUUCUUUUUGGGCCUCAGUUCUCAUAAGGGACACAUAGGAGUAAAUGAUCUCCAGUUUCCCUUGUAGUUUUAAAUUUUUAUUCUAACACCUAUAUUUUAAAAUUAUCAAUUAAAACAUUAUCAAGUUAUUUCCUAAAGCAAUAUAGCUUAAAUAUUAUAGAAAAAUAAGUGAUCCCUACAAAAUUCACUCUAUUAUCAAUAAAAUCUGCCAUAAAUUCAUCCUAAUUUUUUUUCAUUAAUUCUUUAGAUCACUGUGUACUAUGGUCCAUUAUAGUAAACUUUUGUUGCUGAGUGUUAAAUGGUAUACUGCUAUUCUAAGAAAGUCAAAGCACUUUCUUAUAGACCAAGAAAACAAUUUGAGUCUUGGGCUAAUCUGGCUUGAGUAGUCAUUUGUUAUAAAAGCAUAAUAGCUUUAUAUUUUGGAUUAUUUUUUACUGGGGGUGGAGAGGGGAAGGGAAUUGCAUACACAUAUAUCCAAGUUUCUGAAAUAAAAGUUUUUAGAUUUUUCAACUGUAAAUAAUGUACAUUUAGUGUCACAAUAAAAAUUGUUUUCUGCAAACUUUUUCUAGUAAAAAUUUUGUAGAUGAAAAAAUCAUGUUUAGAGGUCUAAUGUUAUAUGUUUUCAUAUUAUAAAGUGAAUUUGUAUUUAAAUGAAAAUUUAAAUUUUGGAAUCCUCUAAACGUUUUUUGUAUCGUUAAUUGGUUUAUUAAAUAAAUCGUGAAAUUCUCAAUAUUUGU